AUGGCUUAUUAUAAUAAAAAUUUUGAUAACCGGAAUUCAACAUUCCAAAAUAUUCCACCUCCACCCCCACCACCAAGCUAUUACAUACCCCCUGCGGUCACUGAUGAACAGUUUGUAAAACAAUUUGAGAAAUUGGAUACUAAAGUUUCUAAAAAAGCAGUUUCUAUUACUGAAAUAAGGGCAAAAAUGCGAGCGCUGGUGCUAACUGUAAAUAAAUUUAAAGAAAAGCGAAAAAUACUGGCUGAAAACUUAACCACAUUGUCAGAAGAAGAAUGGAGUUCUACAUUAAGUGAGAUGAACGAAAACCAAUUAAAAAUUGAUGAAAUUUUGUCUCUUACGAAUGAUUAUUGUUUGGAAAAUAUGAGGAAAGCCUUGGCCAAGAGAUCUGCAAAGAGAUUGAGAUUAAAACGGUUGAAUAACGAGAGGAAGAAGGAAAAGGAAGAGAUGAUCAAGGAAAGGGAAGAAAGUUCUCGGAAAAUAGAUGAGAAUCUGCAGAAAAUUAAGGAUGAUAUCAAAAAAGUCAAACUGGAUGAAGAAGCUAAACUAGCAGCGGACAGCAUUCUCCGCGACACUCUCAGCAUGAAGCACGAUGCCAGGAAGCUUAUCGUAAAGCUGGAGGCCCUGAGGAGGCUGCGGAGAGCCCGCCAGAACACUGCCAGGGGCCGCGGGGAGCAGUGCUCGGAGAAUGAUGAGGCGGAGUUCAACAACAAUAUUGAAAAACUAAUAUCCCUCUGGAAAGCCAGGCUCUCGAACUACGAACUAGAAGAGCAACUGCUCCGCGACCAACUGAAGGAACCUCAACCAGUUGUCGGCAAAAUGGAGGGUGUUCUGGACACACUGAAGAUGUGGAAGGAUGUUAUGUUCGACGGGGAACCACAGUUUGACUUUGAAGGAGAUGUUGGCGGAUUUUUGUCGGUCAGGGCCCAAUGGGACCAGCAUAUCAGCAACGACGGCUCACCUCUCCCUGUUGGUUGGGUCGUUCCUGAACCUACUACGAAAAACUAAUAAAUAAUAAUGCCUUACAAACCUACUAUUUAGAGUACUAAUACUCUACCUGCCUGUUUAUUUCUACUCUAAUCAUAAGUGCGAACGAAAAAUCAUUCAUAUCUUGUUUUCGGGAGUUCCGAUUUUUUUUACAGUUAUAAUUAAGUACCCAUGAGUCCCACGGACGCGACAACGGGUCAGCAAUGAUAAUCAGUAUUCAAUUCUAAAUUUAAAACCUUAAGGUUGUUUUUUGACGGGCAAACUUCUCUCUGUCUCAAAAGACUAAUGUCACAGAAUAAAUAAUAUUAGCGGUACUAUUAGUUUGACAGCUAUUCCGGGACGAAUUAUGCUGUCCCUUUCUAAUGUAUGGCACUAUCCCUUUUGGCUAUUUAGGGUUGUCAAAAUUAGAACACAAACAGUCACAUAUACAAAUGGAUUUGAAGUACAAUGUAGAGUACUUAACAUACUUAAGAAUCAUAGACCUGGAGGUUCAUUAUUAAGUACAUAAUGUUAACAUACAUACUAACAGCAUAAAGAAAAUUAAAUCAUGAGCCAUACUUAAGUAAAAUCUAUUUACUAGCUAGUCUUCAGAGGAGAAAAAAAAAUACAAUAAGUAGUAAUACAGUAAGCAGGUUUGACAUUACUGUCUGUUUCAUUAAUUAUCGGAUAUGUUGUAUUUUUUUUUUACUAAUAUCUUAUCUGUGGUCGUGCACGCAAAGGGACGUCAAGUUGUGCCAACCCUAAUAAUUGCUCGGAGAAAUGCUGAGCCGAACGGAGCCGAGAACGGCCGAAAGGAGGAGUGUUUAGAAAAUAGCUCUUGGCGCCAAAUCCCGAACAUGAAGCGUUUUAAUCGUUAAAAGGAGUUAACUUUUUUCAAAGAUUUCUAGACUUGUACAAUUUCAUGGGAUGUUUGUGGUACAUUUGAAGCACUAUGCUUUUAAUUUUUGCAUUUUUUAAAUUUAAAAUCACAAUUGUUAUUAUUACUGUGUAACCGAUGAUUUAUUUGCUAUGAUGUGGCCUUAAUUUUAUCAAUAAAAAUAAUUUUAAUGCUUUGUAA